CACCCCCCCCGGAAGCGAAAGGGUCCGCUUUUGCUCUGGACUGGGGCUGUCGCUGUGCGUUGUUUACAGCCGACCUGCUGUCGCCGAAGGGCUCCCGGGAGAAGCGAAGCCUCAGGCACCGAAGCACCAUGGGCAGGAAGGUGACUGUGGCCACCUGCGCCUUGAAUCAAUGGGCGCUGGAUUUUGAUGGCAAUCUGGAAAGGAUAUUGAGAAGUAAGGCAAAGCAAAGAACGCUGGUGUUUCUUGGGUGGGGGGGGGGGGGGCGCGUGUGUGCAUACAUAUGCAUGCAGUGAUUCUUCAACUUCAUUGGACUGGUCAUGUGCGGAUGCCUGAUUAUCGUCUUCCAAAGCAACUCUAUUCCAGACUUAAAAAUGGAAAGCGUAAUGCUGGUGGUCAACAAAAGAGGUUCAAAGACUGUCUCAAGGCAAAUUGUAAACAAUGUAGUAUAAACACCAACAAUUGGGAAACACUAGCCUGCGAGCGCUCCAAUUGGAGAACAGCCUUUACCAAAGAUGUAACUCUGCAAUGAAUACCUAACUCUAUGAAAGGCCGGCACUUCUCUUUACUCUGUGGUUGUGGUGGAGUUAGCUUGCCCUGUGCCCCACAGCAGCACAACAAUAAAUUAUGCAAGUGGUAAUAAAUUAUAAUAAAUGAUGCAAUGAGAUGUUUCAGACACAGGUGCUCUUGUUCAGGGUGCCAUGCAGAUUUUCCCCUUCCAGGAUUCUGUUUCUUUUCUCUUUUUUCAAUUAUAUUUUAUUAAGUUUCAACAUUUUUAGUACAGUAUAUACAAUCCAAACACAUUUUCAUCUUUUCUCCCACCCCGUUUUCCAUGGAGUUGUUGUUUCUCCCCUUCUUCUGCACCCUAUCUUCUAUCUGUUAAAUCAUAAUCACAAUAUUAUAAUGAAUUACUUCCGUUGUUCAUAACUCAAAUCCUGCUCAAGACUUACCAGGCUUCUUUGUUGCACCUCUUACAGUGGCUCUGUAAGGCAUGAAGCUGGUAUGAGUCUUCAAUGAUGAUCUGUGAUGAGAACUGUGAUUCAGUUUCCUAUCUCUUUAAAUGUCACUAGGAUACCUAGUGAUGACUCUUCAUCAUGUUGUCUAAUUGGGCCCUGCAUAUUUGAUUUGCUCAGCUGGGUGUUUUUUUUUAAAUUGAAACACUGCUGUUUUUUGUUUGCAAACUCCAGUUAUGGCAGAAUUGGUUAAUGUUUGUUCUCCUACAAGGUGACUGACAUCAGGUGGACCACAGAGGCAGGACUACUGUGAUCUCCAGCUGGCUAGCCCAGCACAGACUGGUUCAAGUGGCAGUUCUAAGCAGUUCUAUUUUUCCAGAAAAAGAGAUGCUGGAACUCACCAUGGACACCUCCCUUGUUCUCUUAUAACAGCAAUGGCACCCACCUGAGAGGUGCUGGAACUGAGUUCCAGCGAGUUCCGGCUGAAAAAAGCCCUGGUUCCAAGGAUAAUGUUGCUGGAAAGCAACAGCAGGAAAAGGCUGUUGUGGUCAAGUUCUGUUUGUAGGCUUCUUGCAGGCAUUUGGUUGGUGACUGGGGAACAGGAUGCUGGACUAGCUAAUCCUUCGGUCUGAUCCAGAAGGACAUUUCUUAUAAUUUGUAAAGCUUGUAUGUUCCGUGUAAGCUAUAAGAGAGCUCAGUGCAUAGUUAUUGCUCUGUGAUGGCCAUUUCAUGCACCUGUGUUCUCCACUGAUUGCAGUUAAAACAGUUCUGUGAAUCUGAGUUGUACAUAGGGCAGUAAGUACCCCAUUGGAAAAAGAAAAUAUUCUGUACCAAGAAAAACUGAUGCUGAUGACAAUUUGCAUGUAGCACGUCCUCUCAGUUAUUGAAUGCCUUGAUAGUCUCUGGCUUUUGAGAUUUCAAAAUGGAGCGCUCACGUGUUUUCAAGCGCUUUUUGUAGAACCAUAAGAGCUGGGAAUUUGCUUUAAAAACCCGAGAUUCUGAGGAAGCUGUUUUGAGGCAUCACAUGCUGCCAUUUUUUGUGCUCUACUGAGUCGUAUCAUUCAUGUCGCUAUACUUGAAGAUGUAGGAUUCUUCCCUUCCAUGAGAUUGCCAAAGAUUAAUAAUUAUAAUUUGAUAUUCUAGGUAUUGAAAUUGCUAAACAGAAGGGAGCAAAAUACCGGCUUGGGCCAGAACUUGAAAUUUGGUGAGAAUUGCUUAACCAUUUCAUAUUUUUUAUUACCCUCCAUGCUGAAAAGACAUGUAGUCCUUUUGCAGUUAAAAAGAGAAAUAUGAUUUUCCUAAUCCUCCAUAACCUUGGGGAGUAAGGAUAUCAAGUAUGUUAGAAAUAUGUCAAAGUAAAUGUAACUGAAAUGUUUCUGUACAUAUCUAUAGCUAUUGUAAUCAUACUUAAGUAAAAUAUUAUUUUACAUUGUUUCUGAAAAUUGUUCAGAUACAAUGCUGUGCAAACUUAGCAGGGGUGGCAUCCAGAGCAGUCGACUGGUCACCAGAAUCACAUUCCACCCUCUUGUUCCUGUCUUUAUAUGGGAGAAGGGAAAGCCAGUUUUCAUCUGCUCACCUCUUCAGACAGGUGAUCAGCACUUUUAAAGGUGACAGUGUUAACACUCACUGCUAUGCUUACUCGUUUUUGAGUUGGGCUAUGCAAUGUUUGAAACAUUUAACCUUAAGAGAUUAAUUGUCCUCAACACUUCUAUUCUACCUUCUGAAAUAAUGUGCAAUCUUCUUUCUGUCCAUUUGUGGAGCAAAGGGGGGGGGGGUUGUAGUUGGAGGGGAAAGAGAGCCAUCUCAUUCAUGCCAAUAGCAUAACCAGUAGCAAAUUUGAUUGUGGACAGCAGAAGGAUGGGAUAGAGAUUUUAAUACAAAAAGGAAAUAAUUCUGUAUCCUACAUACAGUGGUACCUCGGGUUACAUACGCUUCAGGUUACAGACUCCACUAACCUAGAAAUAGUGCUUCAGGUUAAGAACUUUGCUUCAGGAUGAGAACAGAAAUCAUGCUUCGGCGGCGCAGCAGCAGCAGGAGGCCCCAUUAGCUAAAGUGGUGCUUCAGGUUAAGAACAGUUUCAGGUUAAGAAUGGACCUCCGGAACGAAUUAAGUACUUAACCCAAGGUACCACUGUACUUAUUUCUUUAAUGUCAAUUACCACUGGAGUAAUAUAAAUAUAAUAAUAUAAUAUAAAAUAUAAAUUUAUAUUUAUAUAAAAUUUAUAUUUAUAUAAAAAUAUAAUAUAAUAAUAUACUCUUGGUUCAAGUGGUUGCUUCACAUUAAUUGGUACAAUUAAUGUACAAUUGCCUAUAAUGAAGUGGUUCUGCUUUAGGUAAUUUCUCUUGCGAAAGCUCAUAAUUUCCUUCUUGGUAUGAAAAUAAUGUGUUUGUCGAUAUGAUUCUUGUUUUCAUGCAGUGGAUAUGGCUGCUCUGAUCAUUACUAUGAGUCUGAUACACUUCUACAUUCAUUUCAAGUUCUGGCCAAACUUUUGGAAUCUCCUGUUACACAAGACAUAAUCUGUGAUGUUGGAAUGUAAGUUACCUUGUAAUUAAAUGUGCGUACAUUAGCUUGAGAUCCAUGGUUUGUUUAUUUAUUGGCUUUAUACCCCAUCCUUCCUCCGGAAGGAGCCCAGGGUAGCAAACACAUCCACAUUUUGUUUUUUGAAAAGGAUUCUAAAACAGGAGAAACAUUCUAACAACAGUUUCAGUUAAAAAUACCUAAAAACAGUUACAAUAUGCUAGUACUAACCCUUUGAAUUGGGCCUGGUAGCUCACUGGCAGCCAGUGGAGUGCUUUCAGGAUCGGUGACAGAUGUUCCCAUUGGGCUGCCUCAAUUACCAAACUAGCAGCCACAUUUUGUACUAGUUGCAGCCUCUGCACCAUCUUCAAAUGCAGCUCCACAUAGAAUGCAUUACAGUAGUCCAAGCAGAACACUAGAGCGUGGACAACUGAGGUCAGGCUGCCCUGGUCCAGGAAUGACUGUAGCUAGUGACCCAGCCAAAGCUGAGCAUAUGCUCUGCUCGUCACAAAUAUGUACUCUAUGUGUAGCAUUCCUAGCCACAUGCAUGUCCUGUUUUGCUAUGCAGCACAACCUCUCAAUUAUUUUCUGUGACCUCAUUUCCUCCAUGCUAUUCUGUGAACAGAAAAAGAAGUACGUAAUAAUGUAUUUGGAGCAGAACUUCUUCAUAACUGGUCUGGAGUUAGGGGUGAGCAGUGCAGUGACCAGGUUUGCUGAUAAUACCAGAUUCUUUAGGGUGCUGGAAUACAAAGGGGUUGCGUGGAGCUGUACAGUACAAAGAUCUCUCCAAACUCUGUGAAUGGGUGUUAAAAUGUCAAAUAUGGUUCAUUGUAAGCAAAGGAUGCACGUGGGGGCUAAAGAAUAACAACCCUCAAUUGUUCUGACUUCACACAUGCCCUAACGGGUUGGUAACAUUGCAGAAGCAAAAAUAUUGGGGUUGUGGUAGAUAGCUCAGUGAAAAUGUUGACCUGGUUUGCUGCCCCUGUGGGGGGAAAAACAAACAAAUUUUGUGGUAGACAUCAGUAGCAAAGGGAUUGGGACUGAAACUAGCAACUUGAUUAUGCUUUUAUAUGAAAGUAUGAUAUUGUGGCCAAUUUUAUCCCAGUGGGUGAUGAAAUCACUGCCUUGAAAGUGUGUGGGUCUUGUAGAGAAGGAAGCUCAGGACAAUUUUGACUUGUUAUUAACUCUUAACAACCUAGCAGUACAUGAUGCUAUUUUCAUUUCAUUCAUACUUUUGCAAGCACAUGGAGGGGGCAGCCCUUGCACGACUAGUCUUGAUUAAAAGGGGGGAGUCCUGGCAAUAUACUUCAUCUUCUUUAACCUGGUUCUGUUCUUCACUGGAUGCAGGCUUCUCAUAGCUCUUUAGACUUUUUUAUUUUUCAUGACCUUGUUUCCACAUUCCAUUCUCUUUUUGCAGCCAUUUCCUUCAAAGUACACACUGUUCUUAUCUCCUGGUCUUCCUGUUCUGGCUGGUUUUCUGACAACUCCAGCAGUUUUUGGUAGUACUAGACUUCUAACCCCUUUAACAAGGCUAAAGGGAAAAAAAUACAUGUUCACCCAUCUGUGUCGUAUUUCAUUCCAUUAUUUCAUAAGUUUGUUUCAUAACAAUAUGACCCUCAUUUGAAGUACUGCGUUGUAUUCAAUGUAGUGCUGAGGGUAUGGUUCUGUCAAUGCAAGGAUUUUCCUUCCGUGGCUGAACCUUCCCCUCUCCUCUUCCCCUCAUCCUCUAAAUCUGUUCCAGGGGUUCCCCCAACCCUUCAGAGUUGAUUUAGGGAGGGGGAGGGGGAAUCAGGGGGAAUUCCCACCAUGUUGGUAGGAAUCCUUGUACUGGCUUCCCCUAGUGCAGUUAGUUAAAUAUGACCCAUUGUGUACACUUCUGGUCAUUACACUUCAGCAGAGAUGUUGUAGAGCUGGAAACAGUACAGAACAGGAUAGCCAAAAUGAUGAAGGGGCUGGAGCAACUCCCCUAUGAGGAAAGGUGAAGCCAUUUGGGGUUUUUUAAAAGUUUUGUUGUUGUUGUUGUUUUAAAAAAGUUAAAAUGAUUAACAGAGAUUCCUCUUCUCCAGUACUGAGCACAUUUGUACAAGCUCAGUCAUAUAUAAAUGAAGUGGGAUCUGCAGAAAGCUAGAAUCUAGUUUUGCCUGGCCCAGAUGAUGGACAUGCAAUGGGGAUGCCUGCAGUACUGAAUUGGCUGUUUCUGGCAAGGUGGGGUUAUAAUAGGAAGAGUGACAACAGUGAGAAAUAUUUCUGGUGUGUGCUAGAACAGACGUUUUGAGUGCAUCAGAGUCUAGGUGUGUGAAAGAUACUCAAAAUUCCAUUAUUUUGUUCAGGUCCUCUCAUAUACAUAUAUAUGUGAAUGUCAUCUUUAGUAAGGAAUCUCUUGAUUACACUGAUUUUUAUUAUUUCUGCAGGCCUGUUAUGCACCGAAAUGUUCGCUACAAUUGCAGAGUGAUCUUCUUAAACAAGUACGUGACUGCUUUCCAAUCAAAGUACUCUCUUUUUCAGAAUGUGCCUCUCUGGGAUACUCUGUGUGCUUGUGUUUAUGUGUAGAUUUAAUCCCCAUUUUUAAAGUGGAAAAACUAAUGCUUAGGCCUAAGUAUAUGCUUGAUUGUUCUCUGUUGAAAUAAGCAGAUUUCAAAAUCCUUAACUUUGGCUGGGUUGCAAUAAAAAAACAUUUCUCAAGGGCCUUGUUUUCAUUUUGUUGCACUACAUGUCUUCAUGGUAGCUUUAUUUGUUUUAUUCAAGGAAAAUACUUCUGAUACGACCAAAGAUGGCGCUGGCAAAUACAGGAAACUACCGGGAGAUGCGAUGGUUCACUCCUUGGAGUAGAUCGCGGCAAGUUCUUAUACUUCAUUGUGAUAGCUAUUCUAGAGAAUUGGGUUGCUCCUUGAUGUAUAUCAUGCUAAACCUCUGUUAGAAGAUCUUUCAGGAGGCUUUGUUGUGUGGCUUGUCUUAAACUUUUUUUAAAAAUCAUUGCCAGAAUUGCACCCAUGCUGACAUUGCAUCCUGGUAUAAUACUUUGUCAUGAGCCCUGUGUGGCAUGCUAAUCAUGCAUGGCAGCCCUCCAAGGCUGUGUUUGUCCUUUGCAUGAGACUGCAAAGCCAGGAGGGUUGUCCUCUCAGGCUGUAAAGCUGCCCUUGGGGCUCCCCCUGAAACUGACGCAGAAACUCCAGCGGGUGCAGAAUGCUGCAGCGAGAUUCCUUAUGGGGUCCCUGCCACGGGAUCACAUUCAUCCAGUGCUAUACCAGCUGCACUGGCUCCCGGUGGAGUACAGGAUCAGGUUUAAGGUGCUGGUUUUAACCUUUAAAGCCCUAUACGGCCUAGGGCCCUCAUACCUAUGGGACUGCCUCUUCUGGUAUGCCCCACGGAGGACCUUAUGGUCUGCUAACAACAACACCUUGAAGAUUCCGGGCCCCAGGGAAAUUAGACUGGCCUCGACUAGAGCCAGGGCCUUUUUGGCCGUGGCCCCGGCCUGGUGGAACGCUCUCCCACAAGAGACCAGGGCCCUGCAGGAUUUGACAUCUUUCCGCAGGGCCUGCAAGACGGAGCUGUUCCACCAGGCCUUUGGGCAGGAUGCAGUUUGACUUACUUUCCUUUGUAUAAAACAAGCCCGAAGGAGGCCCCUAACCCAUUCACAGGUCCUUGUAUGAUCAGUGGAAACAGUUGGUCCUGGCAAGUAUUAAUCACUCUCAGUUCUACCCUGAUAAUUGCCACCUGCCCAGAUUUUAACUUGUCUGAAUUCAUUUUAAGAUGGAUUUUAAUUAAUUGUUUUUAUGCUUAUUGUGUUGUUUUUAUGAUGUUAGCCGCUCUGAGCUCAGCCUCGGCCGGGGAGGGCGGGAUACAAAUAAAAAUUUAUUAUUAUUAAAGUUGCAUUUGACAUUUAAAAUUAUUAUUAUUUGCUGAAUUUGCAUACCACCCUAUACCCAUAGAUCUCAGGCUUGGUAGGUUGCAAGUUGUGCAGGCCUCAUUUAUGAAAAGCUUCUGCUUUAACUUGAUUUUUUUUUUUUGUCGCAGAGUUUUAGCUGAAGAGGUUUGGCAGUGUGUUAAAAUUUAGUAUAUUGAAAAGUGUGUUUAAGUGCUUAUUUGUCGCAUAAUUUCCCCCCAUACCCCUCUUUUAGGCACGUGGAAGAGUAUUUUCCUCCCAGGAUGAUACAAGAGAUAACAGUUCAGGUACAAUGCUUUGAUACAUAUGGGGGAUAGCAGUAUAAUAAUAAUAAAAUCCGCCACCUUUGACUGUCGACCAUGGCUGGAUCUAGUCACGUCAAAGAAGCGAUUCAAUUAAACACAUUGUAAACUUCAUACAGGGAAGUUCUGUUGGCGAAAAAUGGGACUCCACAGCGCCAUCUGGUGUUAUAAUGCUUAUAAAGCGCUUUAUCUUUACAAAUGUUGCCGAGUCCCAAGGUUUAGAUACUAGCGGUUUGAUGUUACAGGUGCUAACUGGUGAUUUUUGUUCUCCUUUCCAUGUUCUCAUAUUUGGAAUAUAAAUAAAUUCAAAAACUAAAGUUGAUUGAAAACUCAUGUAUUAUUACUGUUAAUGGGACAUGCAUAGCCUUGCACUUCGAAUUUUCCUGAUUAAAUGUUACCUCAGUAUUUAUACACUGUAUUCUCUUGCCAAAAAGGCAGUUUCUGCAGUGUACAAAUUUAAAAUGAAAUCUCAUGUAAAACAAGCCAUAGGAUGUUUUGGAGACCAUGGGCACAUUUGCAAAUCAGGUGAAUUGUUGUGGGUGCCACACCAUAUCCUAUUCUUCUGGCUAGAUUCUGCAGGAAGAGGGGACCCUGAGGCUAACAGCGAAGGCCUCUGUGGUUGUCAUGUUGGCAACUCUCAUUUAAUUCCAUUAGCCUUAAUACAAUGGUUAUGUUAGCAUAGCCCUUAACCAUAGCUGUUGCUCAUCCGGAUUCACUUUCAAACCAGGGUUUGAAGCAAGUUUAAAUUAUCUGAUUUAAACUAAAACCUUGCUUAAUAUUAAAAGUUAACACUGGACUAAUUGGAGAGAAGGGCAGGAGACCCUGUGAGGAGGAAUUGUGAAACCCCAUAGUCCACUUGUGAUACCUUUUUCCUUGGUUAAGGGAUCAGAAACAUGCCUUUCAGAAGUGCAGUAUCCAGAGCUUAAUUUCCUGACAUGUUUUGUAGCUGAGAGCUACUGUGCCCAAUAUUACAUCUUGUGACUUGGAUUAUAAUUGGCCAUCCCUGUGUUAUGGUACAGUAUGUUCCAACUAAAAAAAUAUAAAUGAUGUAAACACUAGUUUCAUAACCUUUUUGAGAGGUGUUUUUAUUAGGGUAUUGUGAGUCAAAUUGCAUACAAUAAAUGCCUUUAUCACAGCUUUAGACGGAUCAUUUUGUAUGUUGGUCAAUCACUGGGGCGUGGAUUAUUUUUUCCUAUUCCAAUGGCCCAUCCUCACCCCUUGCUUGUCUUAGGAAAGUGUCCCAUUUGGUGAUGCAGUUCUGGCAACUUUAGAUACCUGCAUAGGAAGUGAAAUCUGUGAAGAACUGUGGACACCAGUCAGGUAAGAGAGGUGAAUUAAGGUUUGGAGAGGAUUCCCAAAACUGCUAAAAUAAAUAAAAUCCAAAUCAAUUUUGCAGUUAACAUUGAAGACCCCUUCUCCCUCUCUCUCUCUCUCUCUCCCCCUCUGUGGAACAUUCUAGAGAACAAGUCAGGUUAAUCAGUAAGAUGGCAAUAUGGAGAAUUUUCAUUGUAGAUAUUUCUGUAUCCACAAAUGUCCUUAAAUUGUUUAUUGCUUGUUUUAAACACUGAAUACAGUGGUACCUCGGUUUUCAAACUUAAUCCGUUCCACAAGUCCGUUCUUAAACCGAAACCGUUCUUAAACCAAGGCGCGCUUUCCCUAAUGAGGCCUCCCGCCGCCGGUGCCCUUCCACCGUUCGGAGUCCAUUCUUAGACUGAGGUAAAGUUCGCAAACUGGGACACUACCUCUGGUUUUGCGGAGUUCAUAAACCGAAUAGUUCGUAAACAGGGCUGUUAUUAAACCGAUGUACCACUGUAUUUAGUAAUUGUGCGUGGAGGUGGGGGCGGUUGAGCUUUUCUAAUUUGAGGAAAUAAAUGUUCAUAUCCAAAGUCACUGAUCAUAAAUACCAAACUUAAACCAUAAUAAUAGAAAGAAUGAUGGUAGUAACGAUAACUCUGUAUGCAUAAAAAGAAAUCUGAUAACAAGCGUCAGUAAAUCAUUAAAUCAGAUGGUAUCUAUGAUUCCUGUAGCUUGAGGUGCUCAUAGACUAUGCCCAUGUUAUUACCAGAGCUUCAGUUUACAUUUCAUAUUUGCACAGUAGUUUUUCUUAAUUACUUUAUAAUGUAAGUAUGGGCUUGGCAUUCGUAAAUUGACUUUUCUAAAGUCAAUAUAUGGAGCUCAGUCAUCCAUGAACAUUCGAUUCAGUGUAAAGCAGGCAUAGGCAAACUCCUGCCCUCCAGAUGUUUGGGACUACAAUUCCCAUCAUCCCUGACCACUGGUCCUGUUAGCUAGGGAUGAUGGGAAUUGUAGUCCCAAACAUCUGGAGGGCCAGAGUUUGCCUAAACCUGGUGUAAAGCUGCAAGGCAUGUGGGACGUUGCACACUGGCUGCAGCGCUCUAGAUUGGUGGCACUAUCUCAUACAUUGGACUUGACGAGAGGCACUCUUACCAAAGAGUGGGCAACACUCACAUAGAUGACGAUUUCCAAAUGAAGACUUCAUCCGUCUUGCUGCGUACUCUACUCAUGCAGUAAUGGUGUAAGUGGCAUUUUCUGUAUGGGUAUAUUAGUUGUAUCCGAACAUCUGUUCCCUAGAAGAGCUCUUUGGUGGCAGUGAAACUGCAUUUUCCAUGCAGUCAAACAGCAAGCUGUUGCUGUGCUAAAUUUUGAUCCAGUAGCACAAUGCAAAUUUUGGAUCGCAGACAGCUGCAAGCUUUUCACUUAAUUUGCGGUUCCUCAAUUUCAUAGUCCUCACAUUGAAAUGGGAAUUGAUGGAGUGGAGAUCUUCACAAAUUCUUCAGCGAGUCACCAUGUAUUGCGAAAAGCUAAUACCCGAGUGGAAUUGGUAAAUUUUGCAACAGCAAAGGUAGGUCAAAUAACCCCCACAUUUUAACCUGAUUUUUCAUUAAAUGGUGUGUGUGACAGUGAUAUCUAAUCAAUAUAAUUCAAGAUGGCAAAUGUAGUGUUGCCCAAAAGUCUCUGUUCCCAGAGUCAGACUUCCUUGGGGCCAGCAAGGCUGCUUCAUUAUCUAUCUUCAGAUCAUAAUCUGUAAAGCGUAGUCAUGUUGAAUUAUCCUUUAUAACCUAGGACUUGAUUUUAGUGCUUGUGAAAAGAAAGAAAUCCCUGGCGAUGGUAGUUACCUUUAAGCCAGCAAUGGCAAAACUUGGCCCUCCAGCUGUUUUGGGGCUACAACGCCCAUCACCCUUAGGACCAGUGGUCAGGGAUGAUGGGAAUUGUAGUCCCAAAACAGCUGGAGGGCCAAGUUUGGCCAUCACUGCUUUAAGCAGAUGAUCAGUUUUUGGAACCCUGACAAGAAAACACAGGAUAAAUUUCCACAAAAAACUGAUUACUUAAUAUCUUCCUUCAGUAUGGAUUCUCUUGUAAACUGAGAUACUCUGCAGUGGCCAGAAGUUAUUUUUCUGAUAGCAGCAAUUUGGCAAAGUUUCCCUCUUGAUCAUGGAAAUGAGCUAUAGUUCUUUGAAAAGUAUCUGUAUUUGAUGUCUGGCUCCCACAACCUCCCUGACUUCUUUACAUAAUUCUGUAACCAGGAGCAGAUUGUGUGGGGAGAAGUAAGUGGCUGAGUUGUGUGGGUGAAAGCAAAAUACUAGGCCUUUUUGCUUUUAUAUUUGCGGAGCUGGUAUUGUGAAAGAAUUUCCCACUGCUUGUUACCUUGCUGUGGCACGGGUGGCCCCAGUUGUUUGUAAGGACUUGUUGAGAACGGCCUUGCCUUUACGCUGAUGCUCCUAUUAAACAUAUUGGAGCUAGACUACUAGACAAGGCAGGACUACCCUUAAAGACAGUCUGAAGAUGCUAGUGUAGAAUGCAGCCACCAGAGUACUGACAGGCACUUCUGUGCAAUUUCAUAGAACAUCUACUUUGUGCAAUAUGCGCUAGCUGCCUCUUUGUUACCAGGCCCAGUUCGGGGUGUUGACUGUUAAUGCAUAGAGCUCUGAAUGACUCCAGGCCUAGGUAUUUGACAGAGCACUUCUCCCCAUAUCAGCCAGCCCAAGCUCCGAGAUAUGGGACAGGGACUCCUGCUUGUGGUCUCAUCAGUACAUUUAGCUUGCUGUGCAGGGACCUUAGAGUAGGUCGUUCUUUGUAGUGGUGCGCCAGCUGCAGAGCUCCCUGCCCUGGAGGCAUAGGUGGCCACAACACUGAUAGAGAUUGCAAAACUUCUCUAGCUUCUGGAGUUGUGGUUAGAUUGUUUUGAGCAAGCCUUGAGUUUGUCUGGUAUUAUACCACUGAUAUGUGUGUGUGGGGGGGUAUGUUACAGAUCAGGCAUAGGCAAACUCCAGCCCUCCAGAUGUGUGGGACUACAAUUCCCAUCAUCCCUAGCUAACAGGACCAGUGGUCAGGGAUGAUGAGAAUAGUAGUCCCAAACAUCUGGAGGGCCGGAGUUUGCCUAUGCCUGUUGUUGAUGCUUUAAUGUUGAUGUUUUAAUUGUGUUCUGUGAAUUUUUAAUAAUAUGGCUUUGUUUGCUGUUAUGGAAAUUACUUUGAGGGCACUUGUUGAUGAAGCAUUCUGUUGACGGACAAAAGUGUGGCUUCCCAUAAAUUGCUCACAGCAGCUCUCUAAAAGUAGAAUGAAUAGCAUUUUUUUGCUAUGUUAUUUAAAAGGUUAAUAUUAUUGUGGCAGUUAGUGACAUAUGGGCUGAAUUGUCUUUUUAAUAAUAUAUGUGUGCAUGCUUUUUUAGAAUGGUGGGAUAUAUGUCAUGGCUAACCAGAAAGGCUGUGAUGGCGAUCGUCUGUAUUAUGAUGGCUGUGCUAUGAUCUCUAUGAAUGGAGACACUGUUGCUCAAGGACUUCAGUUUUCUCUGGAUGAUGUGGUAAUGCAUUCAUUUAUUCAUUAAAUUGUAAUGUACUAAUGUAUCAUAAAAAUAUCUCACAGUGGUUUACAUCAGUAUAAAACAAAACAAAACAAUAAAAUAAUAAAGAAACAAGUUAAUAACAAACAUCAGUUGUGGAAGAUGUAUUGUACUCUUAAUUGCCUGCAUAGGCCUGGUGGACUACAAAAGUUUUCAGUAGGUGUUUAAAUGCUGGCACAGAAGGUGCCCACUUCUCGGAAUUGUGCUUGAGAGUGCUGCAAAAUACUCUUAAAAGCACACACCUGUGUGUUAGUGUGAGUGCAUAAUGGGAGCUUUAUUUACUACAUUCAAAGUAAAAGUAUGUUAGAAAUUCUUAUGCCUUUAAUAUAAAUGAGAAAACACAUCAAAAAUGGUUCUGUAAACUCAGUACCUUAUUACAGGUUGAUAUCACUGUCGUUUUUUAGGAAGUGUUGACUGCCACACUGGACUUGGAAGAUGUCAGAAGUUACAGGGCGGAAAUAUCCUCUCGAAACUUAGCAGUAAGAAUUCCUUAUAUGUGAUUCCCCUCCCCACAAGGUGCUUGUUAGGUUAGAAACUACAGCCAAUGUGAGCUAAAACUGAAGCAUCCAGACAGAUACUGUAUUCCAGAACAUAAGAAAACAGCCUGCUUUUUUACAGGUAAAAUGCCUCUCAUUUUCUGAACCUUCUCUUUUUCCGUUUUAAUUGAGCAGGGAAGCAGAGUGACUCCUUACCAUAGAAUAAAAGUAAAUUUUGCCCUGUCAUGUUUUGAUGACGUAUGUACACCUGUGAGCGAGCCAAUCCAGUGGAGGUAUCAUAGUCCUGAGGAAGAGAUCAGGUAGGCAAAAUUAGGAAGAAGCCUGUCUCCUUGUAUAACAUCUCCCUGUCUGAUGCAAACAGAGCAGAGUUGGACCGCACCACUCCACUUUUUCCCUCCAUGAUCAGUCCCAUAAGCUUUAGUUUGUACUCCUGGGCUCCCCAACCCCCUUUACUAGAUCAGCCAUGAGUCUUUAGAGCAGGGAAAGAAAUCAUUAAUUAUCCUUAUUGGAGAUUUAAAAAUGAGAUGUUGAACUUCUGAACAAAGUGUUCUACAAAGUGUGCUCAUUUUCAAGGCUGAUAUUUCUGCAAGCUUCCCUCCAAGGUUGAUAGCUAAGUAAACAGAUUUGGAGCAGUUUGGAACUCAAUAGCAAGCAACAUUUCCAUUCUCCAUAACUGAACACUGUUGAGCCUCAGCCUUCUGCUAAGUGGACAUUGAUUCUCUGUGGUGAAAUGUGAUGAAGAAUGACAGAAUCCUUCUUACAGACUUUUUCCCAACCUUCAUUUUUGUACAGUCUACCUUCUAAUUCCAUUUUUCUAUUACUAUUUUUAAUGCCUUAAGUAUUCUUAUGGAAAGUGAAAAUUAUGUACUACAAUAUAGCCUUCCUCACCCUUUCCCAUUGUGUUCAAAAGUUCUAAAACUUAAAAUGAACAGGCCCAUCAAUACUAGACACAUUUAAAUGGAAUUUAUUUCAGAGGAAUUGACUUCCUGAAAUAAAAUACAGAUAGAAGCCCCAUGUGAAGCAUCCAUUGCUGGGACAUUUCAGACCCUUGCUACCAGGAGCUUCUGCUCAUUUGUGCUAAUUCUAAGCAAGCAUAUGUAGGACUGUGAUAUAAACCUAGUUCUGAAGAGCACAUGUCUGAUGUAACAGUGUAAGGUCGUUCUGUAGGAUAGAGUAAGGAUUUGGUUGAAUAAUUGGGAAUAUAGCGGGUAUACCUGAAGGAGCAUCUCCACCCCCAUCAUUAAACCCGAACACUGAAGUCCUCCUCUGAGGGUCUUCUGGCAGUUCCCUCACUGCGAGAAGUGAGGUUACAGGGAACCAGGCAGAGGGCCUUCUCGGUAGUGGCGCCCGCCCUGUGGAACACCCUCCCUUCAGAUGUUAAGGAAAUAAACAACUAUCUGACUUUAUCAGGAAAUGUUUAAUGUCUGAUGUUUUACAAUUUUUAAUAUAUGCUGUAAGCUGCCCAGAGUGGCUGGGAAAACCCACCUGGCUGGGUGGGGUAUUAUUAUUAUUAUUAUUAAUUAAUUAUCAUAUCAGACUAAGACUGGGAAGCCCAGGUUCAAAUCCCUACUCAACCAUGGAGGUCAGUGGGUGACCUUGGCCCAGCAUAAUCUACUCUGUGAGGACAAAAUUGUUUAUUUGUGUACACACAUGUGUGUGAGAGAACCAUGUAUGUUUCCCUGAGCUCCUUUGGUAGGAUACAAAUAAAAUAAAAAUAAAAUAAGCAUAUUGCAGGCCUCUUUUUCCAUGAUUUUAGCACUAGGGUAUGGAUAGGAUGCAAUCAUUGCUCAGUUCUGGAAAAGGAACAGUUCCCCCAGCCCAUCUCACUUACUGUUGGUAUAUCUGUUGAAAGAGCAAAGCUGUGGUUUAUAUCGAAAUGUGCCCUUCAUAACUGAUACGAAAUGCCUGGAUCCAUUUCAGUCUGAAUUCAUGUCCCUGUCACGACACUGAAACUGUCUUGGUCACCCAGGUUGAAGACAUUUGUUGAUGGAGUGUGACCGUGCUCAUUCUCCUACUCCUCUUCAUGGUUCUCGAUACCAUUGACCAGUUUAAGUAACUUGCUCUGUAACCCUGUGACACCUACCUGGAAAUAAGUCACAUUGAUUUCUGAGUAAAUAUGCACAGGAUUGUGCUGUCAGUUUUGUGUGCGUGCGUGCGUGCGUGUGCGUGCAAUGUAAAUAGAGACCAUGAAAUUCAAAAUAAAAUAUAGGUGCUGCCAAGGUGCAAUCCCAGGAGAAGCUCCAAUGAUUUUGUGAGAAUAUGCCUUCUUUCCUCAGUCAUCUUGAAACAGGUGCUCUUUUGCUUUCAGCCUUGGCCCUGCAUGUUGGCUUUGGGACUAUUUGCGGCGCAGUAAACAGGUAAAGACGACUUCUCCCUCAUUCAACUAAAUUAGCCAUCCCCAGUCUUAUGUCCUUCAAAAAAAUUGGACUACAACUCAAAAUAUCUCAGGGGCACCAGGUUGGAGAAGGCUGAUUUUUUUAUUUUAAAAAAGGGUAAUGGAAAGUCUGCAUGGAUUUUGAGAUGAAGAUACUUUUAAUUUAGAAUUGCAGGUUGCCCAUUCUUGUUUCUUUCUGAAAUAGGUAGCAAAACUGGUAUUUAUGGAGUGUUUUUUACUGUUUAAAGAUGUUUUGACUUAAUUUGAUCUGCUUGAUUUCCCCCCAUUCAUAGUAUUCCACAGCCCCUAAUGUCUUAAAGUUAAGGAGACAGUUGGGGAAAAUCAGUAAAGAUAAGCUUGGUGAAUUGCCUUGGAAGCAGGACAUAGUUUUGCUUGCCAUGAAUAGGGAUUUGCUGUGCUGACACACUUCUUUUAUUUUUUUUAAUUAUAUUCAUAUGCAGGCAGCUUUAUUAUAUAAUUACUCUAUCUUAAAAAUCAGUGAAGUGCCCUUUGUCCAAAAAUGGAUUUCAGGGCAGUGCACACUUUUUAAAAAAGCACCCAAUUAUAAAAAAACAAACCAACAACAAAAUUUAAGAGGAAUAAAACCACCUAACCGGACAAAAAUAUAUUUUUUAAUGUCUGGGUAAGUAAAAAGGUUUUAAUCCGGUGCCGGAAAGAAUACAUUGUUGAUGCCAUGCAUAUCUGCCUCAGGAGGGCAUUACAUAGUUGUGUUGCCACCAUAGACAAAGCCAUCUCUCUUGCAUAUACAUGACGUACUUUUCCUAAAGAUGGAACACAGAGAAGGACCACCUUGGACUAUCAUAGUGCAUAGACAACUUGGUGUGGGAGGAGGUGCCUCUUCUGAUAGUUGGGGCCUGAGUUGGUAUGGGUUUUUAAAGGAAAGCACUAGCACCUUGAAUUGCCUGAUAAUGAAUAUGGAGUCUAUGGGUGGUAUUCAACUAAAUCAUUGUGCCAGUUUCCCACCCCUACGUCAGAACCACAUGUUCAGUACACUCCAUGUUCACUACAUUUCUGGUAAUAUGGCUGCUUCCAAGUAAAUCAGCCAGAAACAAAACAAAAGGCCUACAGUGCUAUUCUACCCACAUCUACUUAGAAGUAAGUUUUAUUAGGAUUAGGAUUGCAGCCUUACAGUAUAAGAGACGUGAUACAUAAGGGAAAAGGAAUGAGGAAGGCAUUCCGGUACCAACUGUUUCAUACCGUUCACAAACGUAUUGGAUAUUUUUGUUAUCUUCUGUGUACCUCACCUUGAGGUGGUUGCUUAGAAGGUGAAUGAUAAAUUGAUUAUGAUGAUGAUAGUCAUUAUGCAACAAUAUUAUUAUCCGGAAGGAUCACAGCAGAAAUAAAUUCUGAGAAGGGUAGAGUCAAAUGGGAGUUGUUCUCAGCCAAAUGACGGAAGGGGCCUUGUUUUGUCACCUCUCCCCUUGCACUUUCCAAAAGCAUAUGAGAAAAGGUAUGCAUUUUCAUUCUGGUCUGAGAAGGGAGACUUGGGACCACAGCUGGCCAGAAGUGAAUAAGAUUAGGGUGGAUAUAUAGUUUGUGCAGCGGUGGGCUGAAUAGUCAGAUACAUGGUUGCCAACAAUGUUCUGUUUUCUUUCUUUCCCCACUCUGUUGCAAUUCGUUAAGGGAGGAUUUCUUUUGCCACUUAGUGGUGGCGUGGACAGUUCUUCUGCAGCCUGCGUUGUGUACUCCAUGUGUCUUCAGGUUUGUCAUGCAGUACAGAAUGGAAGUAAGUGCACAUGAAUAGCUGUGAUGACCGGAGGUUAGCUAUAGAUCAGAGAUGUGAUCCUCUGGAUGUUGUUAGACUCCAGAAUUCAUGAGCCCUGGCCAGCAUAGCUAGUGAGGGAUGAUGGGAGUUGUAGUCCACCAACAUCUGGAGGGCCACAGCUUCCCCAUCCCUGCUGUAGAUGCUGGGGAUGCUUCUACAAAGAAUUUGUUUUCAAACUUUCCAGGAACUCUUUCCAGUUCCGAUCAGUUUGCUGAAUGUAUGAAGCUGACUUAGAUUGAGUCAGACCACUCGUCUGUCUAGGUCAGUAGUAUUGUCAACACUGAAAGACAGCCAAUCUUCAGGGUCUUGGGCAAAGAGAGGACUUUCUCAGAGGAUGCUAAGAAUCCUCUGCAUGAAAAUCAUGUGCUUUGCUAUUGAGCUGCAACCUUUCUGAGCAGCUGGCCCAGAACCUGUGCACGUUACAGAGGAUCAUGUGGCUUAUCUUAGGUCACACACACACAGCUCAUUUAGAGCAUAUGGCAAGCACUGAGAGUGUACUCUUAAUAUUCCCCUGAAGUUGUACGUUGCAGAGGAAGUUCAGUAGUCUGAGCAUGUUGUCUUUCAGAGAAGGUAUUCCCGCGUUAGUGGUCUUCUUACUGAGAUGCUCCUGAGGAUCUUUCAAGAAACCUCAGCGUUCUAAGCAAAACAGUUUUGAAAAUGUCUUUCAAAGUAUGUCUUGCACUUAGAGUCUAUGCUUUAGAUAAAGGUGGAAUCUGUUUUACAGAGCGGGAAUUAGAAUCCAAGACUCUGGAACAAGAGUGAGUCAAUAUCUUUAAUUUGGCCUAGCCCCUUUGUAGUGUUCAAAAUAAUGGAAACAAUUCUUUUUGAUCUUUUGAGUCACACAGUGUGUUAUGCUGUAAUCAGCACAGCUUAGAAUCAUACUCCCAAAUUGCUUAAGACUGCAAUCUUAAAACAUACUCAACUAAGGAAGUAGGUCUUGUUGAACACAGUGGGAUUUAUAUCAAACUAAACAUGCAUAGGAUUCUGUUGUUGGUGUGUUAGAACAGAAAGCAAAUUGAGCUCCUUUAUUGAACCAAGGCUGUUUACCUGAUUUCUCUCAGGUUUAAUUUCUUUAUUUUAUUUAUAGAUUUUCAGUUAUACGCUCUUAUCAUUUUACAUUCUUGUUCAAUAAUUCUUUUGGACUCCCUACCCAGCAUCCCAUGACAGUUCUUUGUACAUCUUAAUUAGCUGCAUAUACAGUAAUACCCCCACCUGAUUUUCAGCCUUGUCACCCUCAGGUUUAAUUUCAUAUCACUUACAUUGUUUGGAACAAAUGCAAUCACAUUUAAGAAGUUCUAUUCUGCUACCAAGGAGUGGUAAAGAGUCCAAACUUUUCCAAAAACGGGAGAAAUGCUUACUUCAAACAACUUUCUCCAAAGUAUGCCUUUUCAUCUUUAAAUUAAAUAUUUGCUCCUCAUUUUAAAGUAAGCUUACCAGCAUCAGUAAACUGUAUUCAGAAUACUUACCAACACAGAAAUAUGUUCCUUUAUGAAACGAUGCAACUGCUUUUAGUUCUGAUACACUCAGUUCAUCUCUCAUUUCCCGCCUCCCUCCUUUCUUACCGUUUUCAGAUCAGAGUGUGCUGGAUGAUGUGCGCAAAAUAGUAAAUGAUGAGGCCUACACACCAAAGGAGCCUCAGGAACUUUGUGGACGUGUCUUAACAACUUGCUACAUGGCUAGUGAAAACUCCUCUCAGGAAACAUGCAAUAGAGCCAAAUGUUUGGCUGAAGAGAUAGGCAGGUAUAUGAAUGAUAAAUGCUUGAUAAACUGUAGGUUGUGAUUAAAAACCUUGAUUCAGAUCUAGCAGUACCAUUAGACAUUCUAGCAGAUACGCAUCUGCAUUAGCUACUAGCCAUGUUGCGUAUGCAACAGUUGCUGGAAAUCACAGGAGGGAAGAGCCAACCCUUGUAUGGGUAUGGGAUUUUCUCCACGUGAAGAUAGUUGCCCCUACGUUAGCUGUCUCCCGGCAUUAGUCAAGAUGCAUUUGUUUCUUCAGACCUCCGCAAAUCAUUGAUGUAAAGUCAAAGAUGUUGCUAGAUUAUUUCUGGCUUUUACUUUCAUCUUCUGGCUUGUAUUUUUUAUGUAUUGUUGGUUUUUCAGUAUUUUAUUUUAUUUUGUCGGUGUAUUUUAGAAAUUCAAGUCACUUUGAGGUUGGUUACUGGACUGCUUCAAAUACUUAGUAAGUGUAAAUAGUAAGAACUGGGCGGGGGGGGGAGCACAUUAACUUUUGUAAAGGUCAGCAAGGCUAGAGAACUUGGUAGUUUAAUCAGAAAUCUAAAGUGUCUUCUGUGACAUUCAGUUCUAACUUGUCUAUCUUGAGUGAGUUAAACACCUGACAAACUUUGGCUUGGUUCCUGAGCUAAGUUAAUUUAAGGAAGUUCAUGAAAUGAAAGUUUAUUGUUGCCUUCUCCCCUACAGCUGUUGCCUGACCCCCUAAAGUCUCUCUGGAGGUUUGGGGGGGUUGUCUUGAAGAUUGUAGAAGGAGGGGAGGGUAUUGUUAUGGGAGAUGGGGAUGGAAAGUGUUCAUUCUGUGAACUUCAAUAAGCCAUCUUGGGACCAAGCCUAGUUUUGCACAGGAAUCUCUUCCCCCAGAAGCCUCUGGGGGGAACAUUGUUUGCCAGGCUUUUCGUGAUUCUUAGGGGCCUCUGCAGGUUAGAUGAGGAGACAGGAAACUUUCCUUCUAUGAACUUCCUUAGGUUAACUUAUAUUUGGUUCCAAGCCUUUAAUCCUUGUUAGACAGUAAAGUAUGUUAAAGCAAACUUAUGAAUUUUGUCUUGAUGAGGUAGAGAAUGCUUUUCUUUGGUGGUAAGUAUUUGUUUCUUCUCUCAGUUAUCAUAUAAACAUAAACAUAGAUGGAGCUGUGAAGGCUGUUUGGAGCAUUUUCAAUGCUGUAACAGGACGAUUGCCCCAAUAUAAAGUACAUGGAGGAAGUGCCACGGAAAAUAUGGCCCUACAAAAUGUGCAGGUAAUUUUAUCUAUAUUUAUUUUUUCCUACUGAUUUACUGGGGACUUGGUGAUUCUUCUGACUAUAGUAGACUUAGCUGCUGAAGUCAGAUUUCUCUCGCUUUAGACUGACACCAUAGAAUUUCUCUUUCUUGCAGUUUUAGUUCUCUUUCUUCGCUAGCAACAUCUAUUGCCUACUGUCCUUAGUAAGAGGAGUUGGCCCUUUUGCUUACAAUACAGAGUAAUUUACUAAACAUUCCAAUAACUUACAUUGCUCCCACUUAACUUUGUUAUGUCAGGAACCUCAGGCCUGGGAGCUGAAUAUGGCCUUUCAGGCCUCUCUGCCUUGAGACUCUCCCCAGGCCACACAUCCUCCUUAGGCAUGUCCUUGUGAGUUUUUGCCUGCCUGGAAUGUGUCCCUGAACUCUGAUAGUGCCUCUUGCUUGCUUGGAUAGAGGAUAGAAAGGGGUGCAUGAAUUUCUGCGUAAGCACCAGCCUACUGAUAUUCAUUGCUCCACCCACUUUGGCCUCUGCCCACCACAGGCAUGUGACCCCCAGAAGGUUCCCCAGAAGGAAAUGUGCCCACAGGCUUUAUGUAAUUCAUACUGUUCUUAAUAUCCUCUUGCUGAGACUGAUCGACCUGCCACAACCUGCCACUUGAGAAUUCCUUCUUCCUUAAAACCUGGUUUUCUAUAUUUGACUUCUAGGCCAGGAUAAGAAUGGUACUUGCCUACCUGUUUGCGCAGCUGUGCCUAUGGAGUCGCGGAAUGCCAGGUGGACUGCUAGUACUUGGAACAUCUAAUGUGGAUGAAAGGUAUGCAUCUUAGGGGUUAGGAAUGAAGCUCUCUAAAUAACUUCAGUAGAUAUCUAAAAUGCUGAUAGAGACAAAAAUAUCAUUGAUGGGUUUGGGUUUUGUUACAAAACAGAGUGCUAAUCUAAAAAACACACACAAAAAACUUGUCAAGUUUUCUUCUGUAUUCCAGUUUGGUGCCUUAGCAAUCAUUUAGUUUACCUGCUCAGCAUUUUGGUUUUCUACAAUCAGCUUGUGGGUUUUGUUUCUGCUUUCUCAUUAUCUUUUGUUCCACUUUCGUUAACAUCGGUUAAACAGUUACUGAAAACAUAUACAUAACCAUUUAAUUGGAUAUAGGAAGUGGAUUGAGAAGGUUGUGUGUGUAGUACACACCUUUUACUUUCUCAAUAUGUUUGCUUAAUAUGUCUGAUUAAAAAUGGAUGGCAAACUGUACUGAACAAGUAGAGUCCAGUAAUUCAGUUAUGUAAUAUCUGUCAACUAUUACUCACCAUGACGGCACAAGAUCCAGCUGUUCAGGGCUGACCGAAAGUGGGAAGUGGGUCAUUCCAGGAAUACUAAGGUUUCUCAUGUUUUGUCUGAAGCAACUAAUAGCAGAUUCUCCUUCAGUGGAAAUUUCAAAGAAAGGAGUUGUUCAGACAGUCAUGGUUGUGAAUUUCAGUGACUCUACUCUGGAUAAACAUUAGUUGAACACAACCACUAAAAUGUUUAUACUUUUGCAUGACAAUGUGUAAGAAUCUGGACCUUUUUCUCUCAUUUCCUUUCUGGAUUAAAUGCAGAGUAAAAAUACUUGUGUUCUGUCUGUCAGCCUUCGUGGAUAUUUCACAAAGUAUGACUGUUCCAGUGCCGAUAUCAACCCUAUUGGUGGAAUUAGGAAGACAGACUUGAUCAGCUUUAUCCAGUAUUGCAUCGAUAAUUUUCACCUAACGUCGCUCAGAAGGUAAGACGUGCAGUGAUGAAGCUUAGGCUUUCCUUUAAACUGGACUACACUCUUGACACCACAAACUCUUCUAUGAUAGUUGCAUGUUAGUAUGAUUGAAGUCUGACCCCAAUUAGGACUUUUGACUAAAUUUCAAUCCGUUUUUGAAUGCCAGCAAGAAACAGUAUUGCUUACCCUAAAGAACAAUUGUAUUUGACAGCUUACUUGACCAAUGGGAAAUAGUUUCCUGAGGCCAACUGUAUUCCAUCAUCUUGACAUUGAUCGACAAUUUAUGUAUGCUUGCCAUUCAGUAGAAACAAAACCACAAAGGAGAUAAUAGUGGGAGCUGCAUGUGACAGACACCUACACUUAAAAUAGGUGCUGGGUAAUAUGUUUUAUUGGAAAAAGCCUUCUGUGUAUUCCCACAGCAGACAUUUUCAUGUAACUCAGAGGACCUAAGUAAGAUUGAGGCACCUUUACAACAAAACUAGAACUUUAUUUGUUUACACUUGAAGGGGGGGGUUAUAGCUUAGUGGUUACCUUUGAAAGGCACAGCACUUUGUUUCAAACCAACAGUCAUUACAGAAGAUUUAAGAUCUUCCUUAACUUCACACUUAAACCUGUCCUUGGAAAGUCAUAUCUCCCCCUUGAUAAUUGUUCUGGGGGAAAGGGAACACAGUGAGUCCUUGAUGUAAAUAAGCUUCCCCCUUGCAAGAAGAGCUAAUUCUUCAAAGAAGACAAAAAAACUAAUCUGGCUGGAUUCUUUUUCUUUUUCAGUGUUGUGUCUGCACCACCAACAGCAGAGUUGGAGCCCCUGAAAAAAGGAGAGGUCACUCAAUUAGAUGAGGUAAAGGACAGCAACUACAAAAAACCCUUGGAAGCCUGAUGUGUAGCUGCUUUUUGUUUGUUUGUUUGUUUGUUUGUUUGUUUAAUGUUCCUGAUUACUCUACGCUAUGUGUUGGUUUCGUGACUCAUGCAGCACAAACAAAUCAAUGCAAAUGUGCAAACAUCACAUCUUUUCCUGAAAUUAUUUCUCCAGCAAACCAAUAAGGCAUCUCAAUUAUAUUGUAUUGGACAUGAUGUCAGUGAGGGAAGCUUCUGCGCAGCCGAGAAGGCUUGGUCUGACAGCUCUGAGUUAGUUUGUGGCAGCUGUGAGAAAGGGAAAUUCCAUGGUCUGGAUCAAUAGAAAAGGAGUUGAAGAGAAAACUGCCAGCAUCACAGUGUCAUCAUGCAAAUUUACACCACAACUCCUUCAGGAAUACAAUGUACAAUUCUGGUUGCCUCACCUCAAAAAGGAUAUUGUAGGGUUGGAAAAGGUUCGGAAAAAAGCAACCAAAAUGAUCAAAUAGAUAGAGCGUCUCCCCUAUGAGGGGAAGUUGCAGAAUUGGGGAAUUUUUAGUUAGAGAAAAGGUGAGAAAGAGGUGACGUGAUAAGAAAAUUAGGCAUGCUAUGGAGAAAGUGGUUUUCUCCCUCAGAAACUCAUUGACAUCCAGUGAAGCCAAAUGUUGGCUGGAUGGGAAUAAUUCUUUCUGCUUUGCUAGUUUUUUUAAAAUUGAAAAGAGUUGCUUCUAUAUGUGAAGGAGCAUUCAAAUUACUUUUUAUUCUGCUGUGUAUAAAGAAAAGUCUCUUUUCCUAGCCUCAGAACGAUAACAGGGCUACAUGUACCAUGAGUCUGAUUCGGUUGAUGGUUGCUCCUUAGGAACUCACGGUUUUUAUCUUAAUCCAUGUGGUUUCAGGAAGACAUGGGGAUGACGUAUGCUGAACUCUCUGUAUAUGGCAAACUAAGGAAAAUAGCCAAGUCUGGACCGUACACUAUGUUUUGCAAGCUAAUCACAAUGUGGAAAGAUAUUUGCACCCCAAGAGAGGUAAUGAGAACCCUUGUCCCAUGUUGGGAGGUGAGAUUUGGGAGUUGGGAUGCUGCGGAGAUGAGUGACAUGAUAUUUUGCAGGCAGGGUGCUAAUGUUGGGCAUGGUGUUCAAAGGCUGCAGCAAUGAAAUUGUCAGCUGCAGGAAAAGCUUAAUGGCAGAAGGACUUGAGGUUGUCGUUUUCUUUUGUUUUGAGUGUAGAGGAGGAAGAGAAUUUCAUUUGGUCUGCAUUUUUAAGCAAAUGCAGGAAUUAAUUCUCACCUCCCAGACUAAUACAUUGAUUAGAAUAUAAUUAUUUUUCAGAUGUUGUAUUUCUCCAAAUUCUAUGAUACCGUUCUAAGCUCAAACAUACCACAAUGCAUUUAAAAAUGCAUAUUUUAUGAUGAAAUGUAUUUUAAAAUGUGUAUGUUGAGAUAAAAUACAUAUUUAAAGUUGCAUUUUAUUGCAUAUUUAAAUACAUUCUUUGUAAAAAAAAAAAAUUAAGUAGCAGAUUAUUAUGGAAACAGAAUAGAACUGAUUUAUAAAUAUAUAUGUGAAAUUGACACAGGCUGGAAAUGGACUGAUGUGUCCAUUCCUAUUGAGUGCUAUAUAUAUUCAGAAGAAAGGAGAUUGAUGAGUAUUUGGAGGAAGACAAUUUUAUCAAUGAAUUGGCCCAAGAUUGAUGCAAUAUGGGAAGUUGGAGACUUUCUCUUUUUCUGUGUGUGCCAGACAGAAUUUGGCCACCAUUUUGGACAGAGUCCAUUUUUUAUGCACAUGUCAUUGGCAGGUCCUUCAGCACAGAUACUGAGGCUUAAGAACUUUAUAGAUUGUUAAAAUUUGACCAAGAAUAUAUAAGGUGAAAUCAGUUUGACGCUGAGAGAUGCAGUGGCAUAAUUCAGACAUCUUGCCAAGUCAGGAUUGAGGAAGCUUGGAAUCAGUAUGUUCUGAUACAUAUUCUGAUGUGUAUUCUCAUUGUCUUGCUGAAUCUAGUAUGCUAUACUAAAAAGAUCCGUCUUUUAAGAGCCCUUUUCUCAUCUGGGAUUCUGAUUGCUGUUGUGAAGCACCUUCAGGUUGUUUUAUUCUGAAAUUUUGUGUGUUGUACACCAGGUGGCGUCCAAGGUUAAGCAUUUCUUCCAAAUGUAUUCUAUCAAUCGACACAAAAUGACAAUUCUCACCCCAUCCUACCAUGCUGCAGACUAUAGCCCUGAUGACAACCGAUUUGAUCUAAGGCCCUUUCUUUAUAACACCGCCUGGUCCUGGCAAUUCAGGUGCAUAGAUGAACAGGUAAGUGGGAGCCUGUUCUUUAUUUAAUGUCAGAGCCCAAGUGCGGGGAACAUUUGACCCUCCAGAUGUUGCUGAACUGCAACUUCCAUCGCCCCCUAGGCCUAGGCCUAGUCCAUAGCUAAGGAUAAUGGGAGUUGAAGCUCAACAACAUCUGGAGGGCAACUUUCCAUAGUUGUUGCCAUCAUGAUGAUGCAUAAUAUACUCAGUAUAUGUAUAAUGGAAGUGUGGUUAGUACAGUGGUACCUCAGGUUACAUACGCUUCAGGUUACAUACGCUUCAGGUUACAGACUCCGCUAACCCAGAAAUAGUGCUCCAGGUUAAGAACUUUGCUUCAGGAUGAGAACAGAAAUUGUGCUCUGGCGGCGCGGCAGCAGCAGGAGGCCCCAUUAGCUAAAGUGGUGCUUCAGGUUAAGAACAGUUUCAGGUUAAGAACAGACCUCCAGAAUGAAUUAAGUACUUAACCCGAGGUACCACUGUAAUGUACAUCUCCAGUAGAGAGAAAACAAUGGCCAUUACAAGGAGCUAAAAUAUUCUAUAGAAAUGGAUGUCAAAAUAUUGAAGUAGUUAAGUGUUAUGGAGACCCUUAUAAGCAAGCAGAAGUUCAUUUAAUGAACGAGCUAUUCUUUUGUGCAUCUAUAGGCACCCUUUCUCUUGAGGUUGGUCAGAAUGGCAGACGUUACCAUCAAAUUUCAUAGCCAAGCAGGGAUUGGAAUCUGGGGUUCUUGGGUCCAUGCACAAGAGUUUAGCCCAGAGGUGGAAAACCUGUGGCCCUCCAGCUCCCAUCAGCUCCAGACAGCAUGGCCAGGGAUAAAAAAAGGGGGGAUGGGAUCUGUAGUCCAGAUUCCUCACUGUUUAAGCCUACACUAGUGAUGGGAUUUGUUUAUAACCAUCUAGCUUUCAGAGCAAAGGUUGAUGUCUGUGGAUAUCAAAACUACCUCUUUAAAGGGGUCCCAAACCCAUUUCCUAACUUGCUUUUCUUUUGUGGGGACCAUUGGGUGAGGAAGCUUCUGAGCCAUUGUCCAUCCCCUCCAGUACAGGCAGAAUGGAUAGCUUUAUGUAGCCUUCAAUUUUGGGUACAUGAGUGGGGAGAAGACAUGGGUCUUGCAAAGCUUAGGCUCCCUCCUGAAUUUACCUGUAAUGAAUGUGGUGGGCAUUCAUGGCCAUGCUCCCUCUUUGCCUCUGUCUUUUGCAAUACUAUUUCUCACACCUGGAUAAAUGUGAGCUUACCCCAGCCCAAGGCCUUGAUUUAAAUAAUAAGAAGAAGAAGCAGAAGAAGCAGAAGAAGCAGAAGCAGAAGAAGCAGAAGAAGCAGAAGCAGCAGAAGCAGAAGCAGCAGCAGCAGCAGCAGCAGCAGCAGAAGAAGAAGAAGAAGAAGAAGAAGAAGAAGAAGAAGAAGAAGAAGAAGAAGAAGAAGCAGCAGCAGCAGCAGCAGCAGCAGCAGCAGCAGCAGCUUUUGUGGGGCUUGAACUGGCUUUCUUGCCCAAAGCAAGGUUCAUUAGGUUCGUAGCUGAAGUCCUGCUUUGCAGCAGCAUUCAGCCUUAUCAGUGGAGUUUUAGACCUGGAUAUGGUUCUGUUCCAAGACAAGGUACUGGAAGGUAUGGAAAAGAUCAAGCAGGCAUCAUAAUUAUGACUUGCUUGUGGUCUUCAGUCACAGCCGUAACAUUAUUUUAAUGUAUUUUCUUUUGCUGGACAGAGGAAUGUUAACACCUUCACAUUUUCCCUGCCAAAGAUUUUUACACCUUGGUUGCCUUUAAUAGUAUGUUUAUGCAUGCAAUAAAAUGCUAAUUCCCACCUCCCUGAAAUGCCAGACAUGCUGUAAUAGUAUCUGACUUCCUGGAAACGCAAGAUAAAAGAUGCCAUGUGGUCCCUGCUUCUUUUCUUUCUUUCUUUUAAGCAUUGUAUUGUUUUUCCAUCAUUUUUUCCACAACGUAGACCUGACCCAGUCUCAUUGAAGUCAAAAGGGGAAAAAAAACACCUUACUAGCUUCAGUGAGAGCUCGUUUGGAUGUUAUUGCGGGGUCAUAUUUUUAAAAUCUUUCUGUGCCUGUAAUAAUUUAUGGGCAUGAUUAAUCGGGGCUUAAGUAUCUAAUUACCCGGUAUAUUGGUGUAGUCAUUAGCCUUUGCCAGAUGCCUAGGCAAUAUUGCCAGGUCUUGCAGCCUUAUGUGGAGCUUGGACUGCGCACAAGUGUUAUGCUGGCAGCCGGAUUGCUUAACUUAAGCAAUUUGAAUUGUCAGGAAGGAUGACAUUCCUAAUAUCUCAUGUAUUCAGGAGGCUAGAAUUGUAGGGUAGGAAGGGAUCCCAAGGGUCAUCUAGUCUGGCCCCCUGCAAUGCAAAAAUCUCAGCUAAAGCAUCUAUGACAGAACACCAGAAUGAUUUGUGUUGCCCAGGAUCCCUCUUCCCAUUCCCUGCCCCACUCACUCACUCACUCACUCAGCUAGUUUCUGGGGCUGAAGCUAAAGCCACAUUCCAUGUGUUUGCGGACCCCUGCAACUCUUGGUAUUUCCCUUUUCACUCCCGGCUACUUCCCUGCCAGUGUCCCUUUGAAGGCCACAACUGGCACAGAGUUGAACUGUUUGUGUGAGUGAGGUGCACAUUUUCACACCAAACCAUUUCUAGGCCUCUCUUGUGGUCCUUGGGAUGCCGUAGAAGGACUGCUGUGCUCUCUUCCCAUCAGAGCCAUGGAGGGACUUUAAGGGAUGUAACUCUGCUGGGCAGGAGAGAGGGAGACACCCUGGUACAGCAAUUUCAAUUGCAGCUGCUCAGAUCCUGAAUGCUAGUCUAUUUCCUACCACUAGUGUACGAGUACCAGUUAUGUGUUGCCACUACAGCCCUAUGAAAUGUUGAAAGGAAGUACCCAUUUAGUGUGGAAACUGGCUCAUUGGGAACAUGCUCAUCAUGACGAGGGGGCAUGUAUAGUGACCAUUAUGGGAGUUGGAGAGGAGAAAGAUGUUUAGUAGUAGUAAUAAUAAUAAUAAUAAUAAUAAUAAUAAUAAUAAUAAUAAUUUAUACCCCGCCCACCUGGCUGCUUUCCCCCAGCUGCUCUGGGCAGCUCCCAACAGAAUAUUAAAAACACCAUAAAAUAUCAAACAUUAAAAACUUCCCUAAACAGGGUUGCCUUCAGAUGUCUUUUAAAAGUAAGAUUGCCUCGACAUCUGCUGGGAGGGCGUUCCACAGGUUGGGUGCCACUACCAAGAAGGCCUUCUUCCUGGUUCCCUGUAACCUCACUUCUUGCAGGGAGGCAACCACCAGAAGGCCCUUGGAGAUAGACCUCAGUGUCUGGGCUGAACGAUGGGUGUGGAGAUGCUCCUUCAGGUAUACAGGGCCAAGGCCGUUUAGGGCUUUAAAGGUCAGCACCAAUACUUUGAACUGUGCUCAGAAACAUACUGGGAGCCAAUGUAGGUCUUUCAGGAACAGUGUUAUAUGGCUUUUUAGUGUCCCUUGGUGAGAACAGACAGGGCAGAGCUUGUGCGAUAUGAGUUAAGCUAUUUUCACGCAAGAGGAAUUGCCACAGCCUGCUAUGGCAAACAACCUGGGGUGCUUGCUUGCCUUCUCUACCAGUAGUUCUGCUCACAAGGAAGCACCCCAGUCUGCCAUUUGGAACAGCAUAUUGGGUCCAUUGACUCACAAAAUCAUUUCUGUGCUUCUCAAUUUGUUUCCCUGCUGCUUGGAAUACUGGUUGUGAUAUUUUACCCACAAGCAAAUCUGUUUGUUGGGAGAUAUUCCAGCUUCCCUGCUUUAAACUGAAGGUUGAGAUAUGUUUGUCUUCCAAGCAAAGUGUGUUAGGUGACAAGCUUUCAGGAGACACUGUAGAGAAGUCAUGGGCUGGAAGGGCUAAGAACCCCACCUGCUGAUUCUGUUCCACUUUUUCUUGGAAGAAAAGGCCACAAGGGUUGGGGAGCUGAUGCAGUUAUUUGUGCAUAACGUAUAAUUCAGCUCUUAAUUGGAGUUUUGUCCUGCCUGGAUCUUGAUGAAAGGUUAAAUGGUUGCUUGAACUUCUGAUUUACAGGUUUCAAAAGUAGAAUCCAAGGAAGUGAACUCCAAGCUUGAAGAAGUGGCUUGAUUCCUCUCACUCUUGUUGAUAUCUUGAAGAUCAGAAGUUCUGCAGGUUCCCUGAAUUAUUUUCAUCAUUAUUUUUGAUUAUGUUACUGAUUUAUGUUACUGUAAUAUCAACAGUAGUAAACAAUUCAAACUGAACACAUAAAGUAUGAUUAUGAUUAUAAAAUUGUUCCAAUUACACAGUUUAGUAUGUUUUCUUGGUUUCUGAUUGUCUCUUUAUUAAGGACAUUUUAGUCCUUGUUUUGAAUCAUCCCUCUCCACAGUUUGACAUGAGACAGUCUCAGCUGUUUUUUUAAAUCAAUAGCUUUUUUUUUUUUUAGAAAAAUCAACAAUCACGAAUAAUAAAUUAAACUAAAUGUUUAAACAGAAAAGAAGAAAAAGCACUGACGCAGAAUAAAAUUGCAGAAUUGAAUUGAAUCAGUCUAUUUUCUAAGAAAUUGCUCUUGCUGUCAUGAACCUGUGAGAUUAUAGAAGCGCCAAGUUUACGAAUUCUAAAGUUGGUCAGACUCUUCACUAUAAUCAGUAACAUGUGCAGAAUUAAGACCAACAAAGUAAUAAUUCAGUUGCACUUUUUGUAUACAUUAAAGAUUUAAGAUGGAUCAGCAACAUCUUGGAUGACUGUUCCAAAACUUUGGUUACUUACGGGUCAUAUAAUAUGAUUUGGCCAUUUAAGUUGCCUGGAUUUAUUGCAGUGUUCUGGCUGGGGUGGCAACUUUUAGAACACGAGUAGUAGCUGUGUCUGAGGUUUUGGAUGAAACAAAAAAUGUUCAAUACUUGGAAACCAUUGGAAUAUAUGGAAAUAAUUAAUAUGACCAACACCAGUCAUAGCAACUCAAUCUUUAGUUUGGGAAAAUAUUUGCUCCUCUAAUGAACAGUCUGCAUAUGAUUUUUCUCUUUUAACUUGUUGAACUGAAAUCAUAAAAUUUUACAGUCACUGGCACAUGUGGACGUGAAAAAUGAUUUUUUUUUUCAUUUUACUGUGCAAUAAAUUCACAUUUUAAUG